AUGGUUAAUAGUACUGAAAUUAUUCCUGUGGAUCAACCAUACAGAUGCAAAAGCUACUUUCGUUGGAAUUCUCAUUCAAAGGAUUUAUUAAAUCAAUCUGAAACAAUUUUGCUCUCAAAUGUAAAAGUGCCUUUUGAUACAUUCUACAUCCAAAUCGGUGAAUGUGUUGGAGAUAAUGACGAAAUAUGGACGUUAUCUGCUAAUACUGAUUGUAAAAACACUCCAAUUGUUUUAGUCCAUGGAUUUGCUGCUGCUUUAGGGUUUUGGCUUCAAAACUUGGAUCAUCUUGCAGAAAAUCAUCCUGUUUAUGCAAUCGACUUGCUUGGUUUUGGCAAAAGCUCAAGGCCUGAAUUUGCAGACGAUGCCGAUGAAAUUGAGUCGCAAUUCUGUAAUUCGAUUGAAGAGUGGAGAAAAGCUAUGCAAAUAGAGAAAAUGAUUUUAUUAGGACACUCAUUUGGCGGUUUUCUAUCAACAUCAUAUGCUAUGAAAUAUGAGGAGAAUAUUGAGCAUCUAAUAUUAGCUGAUCCUUGGGGCUUCACGGAAAAGCCAGAUUUAAGUAACCGACCUUAUUGGCAACGAUCUGUGAUAAAAGUUUUUGGCAAGGUGCCACCGCUUGGAAUAUUAAGAGUAGCCGGCCCUUGGGGUCAGUGGCUGAUUGAAAAGAUGAGACGUGAUAUAAUGCGGAAGUAUGAAAAUAUUGUAGACGACCCAAAAGUUGUUGCCACAUAUAUCCAUCAAUGUAAUACUGACAAUCCUACAGGCGAGCAUGCUUUCAAGAGAUUAUUACAUGGCGGUCCUUGGGCUAAAAACCCAAUGGUUGAUAGAUUUAAGGAAAGCUUUCCGACUGAAAUACCUGUAACAUUCUUAUAUGGUGCAAUAUCAUGGAUGAAUAAUACAUAUGGUGAGUCAAUUAAAGAAUCGCGUUCAAAUAGUUACACGCACAUUGAGCACAUUGAAAAUGCUGGUCAUCACGUUUAUGCAGACAACGCAGAAGACUUUAAUCGAUCUGUAUUAAAUGCAUGCAAGAUUCUGAAAUCUCACGGAAAUGAGUCACGAAACAAGCAAUAA